CCUCCCAGAAUCCUCCGCGCCGCUAGCCGAGAAGGUGAAAAUGGCCACUGCCUAUCUCACCCACCACCAGAAAGUGUUGCGGCUCUACAAGAAGUCCCUGAGACACCUGGAGUCAUGGUGCAUCUUCAGGGACAAAUACCGGUUCUACGCCUGCAUGCUGCGAGCUCGCUUUGAUGACAACAAGGAGGAGAAGGACAUGGUGAAGGCCACCAUGAUGCUCAAGUCGGGAGAGGAGGAGUUCUGGGCCAACCAACACCCGCAGCCCUACAUCUUCCCCGACUCCCCGGGCGGGACGUCCUACGAGAGAUACGAGUGCUACAAGUUUCCGGAGUGGCUGCUGGACCACUGGCACCCGUCAGAGAAGGCCCUGUACCCCGACUACUUCUCCAAGCGGGAGCAGUGGAAGAAACUGAGGACGGAGAGCUGGGACCGAGAGGUCGCUCAGCUGCAGGCUGAGACUUCAGCCGGAGGCCCCAAAACCGAAGCCCUCCCUCCUGCCCGCCAAGAGGGAGACCUCCCCCCUCUGUGGUGGCAGUACGUCACCCGCCCCAGGGAGCGGCCCACAUAAACACCCUCCAUCCCCCCUUCAACACUCAGCAGCCGCACGGAGCUGAGUCGACAUAUUUCUGUGAAGAAUGUCGUACUAGUCGUUCACCUGUGCAGGUUCCACGUCUGAGAACACAACCUGCCUGAAGUUGUGACUUUGGGAUUUCCUGUAGACGUAUCGAUGAAUACCUGUAUAACUGUUCCAAUAAAUAAUUAUAUCGUGUAAA